AUGCGCACCGAGCGCCGCGCCGCCGCCGCCGCGGCAUCAUCACAGCGCGCCGCCUCCCCCGGCGGGGGCCGCAAAGCGCGGGGCCGGCCCCGCCUGACCGACACGGACCGCGCGCGGCGGCGCCUGGAGUCGCGCAAGAAGUACGACGUGCGGCGGGUGUACCUGGGCGAGGCGCACGGGCCCUGGGUGGAGCUGCGGCGCCGCAGCGGAUGGAGCGACGCCAAGCUGGCGGCCUACCUGCUGGGGCUGGAGCGGGGCCAGCGCAACGGGCGGCGCGGCAAACCCUGGGAGCAGCUCCCGAAAAAACCCAAACGCAAAAAACGACGCCGCAGGAACGUGAACUGCCUGUGGCACGCCGUGCUGUGGUACGAGGCAGGGCAGCCCGCUGCCCGGGUGCCUGUACCGCACUCUGGGAGCCUGUACCCGGGGGGGGGGGGGCGCGCGGGCGCGCUGGGGCUGCUCACCACGGCCGUGUGGCAGUGCGAGCGCGGGCACCGCUACUUCCAGGACCUGCACCCGCCCCUGGCGGCCCCGAGCGGCUCCGAGGGCGAGGAUGCCCCCGGCUCCUCUUCCUCCUCCUCCUCCUCCUCCUGCAGCUCCGGCUCUGAGGCCGCUCCCGCCGCGGGGGGGGGCUCUGGAGGCCGUGCUGUGCCUGCCCCUCCCCCUGCCCGUGCCGCGGGGGGGGCCGGGCCCCUCCCCCGCCGUGCUGCAGGGCCCCCCCCUCCUGCUGCUGGGGGGGCUCGGGCUGGGCCUGGGGGGCUCCAGCCCGGCCCGGGGGCUCAGGUGCUGCUGCAGGGGGGGGGGGGCAGCGCCUUCCCCGCCCCCACCCCUGAGGAGCCGCAGCCGGGCAAGACAGAGGAGGAUGAGGAGGAGCCGCUGCUGAGGCUGAAGCAGGAGGAGCCGCCCCCCCCUCCGGAGCCCCCCCGGGACCCCUCCCCAGCCGAGGAGCCCGAGGGGUCGGCGAUCAUCUACGAGAUCCCCAAAGAGCCAGAGAGCAGGCCCUGCAGGCCCCGGCGGAGCCGAAGGGGCCGAGCCCCCUCCCCAGAGCCCCCCGAGGACCCCCCCGAGGACCCCCCCGGGCCCCUGAGCUGCCCCCACCCCACCUGUGGCCAGGAGUUCAGGACCCUCAGCAGUGUCCAGAGCCACCUGCGCCAGGUGCACCGCCCCCCCCGGGCCCAGCUGUGCCCCCAGCCCGGCUGUGGGCGGCGCCGCGCGGCCGCGCACUCAGGUGUGCGGGAGUUCACCUGCGCCACCUGCGCCAAGUCCUUCAAGCGCAGGAACCACCUGCAGGUGCACAGGAGGACGCACACGGGGGAGACGCCCCUGCAGUGUGAGGUGUGCGGGUUCCGCUGUCGCCAGCGCGCCUCCCUCACCUGGCACAUGAGGAGACACGGGGGGCUGCAGGGGCCCCCCGAGCCCCGCGGCACGUAGGGACCCCCCGGGUCACCUGGGAC